AUGUCCGUUGUGGACAAGAAUGCAAAAUCUCGCUCUGGCUGCAGAACGUGCAAACAAAGAAGAGUGAAGUGCGACGAGACGAAACCGUCCUGCCAGCAAUGUGUCUUAAGAGAUCUUGAAUGCCCCGGCUAUGAGAAACGAUGGAAAUGGUCUACCAAACAUGAAAAGCCUCGCCGCCGGAAUUCCUCCCAAGUUGUGAGCCGCCCCAGUAGGAAGAACUCGAGCAAAGCCACGACCCUAUGCGAUGCCGGCGAGGUGAUUCCGUUUGACCCUGAGUUGCGCAACGUGGCCGAAAUCUCCUCCGAGUCCGACAAGAUGCUCGCUCCGUCAUUGUCUUCAGUUCAACUCGCCGCCGGCACGUUGAGGUCUCCGCCUUCUGCGCGGAGGCAACAAGAUGACCAGUCCUCACCCCCACACAAACUCGACCUGAUUCCCGGGCAGUCAUCAACUGAUGUCGUGCAGCGCACGCAAGCAGUCAGCCAUUACCAGUCUGUGUGGCAAUCUCCUGACACUGUGCUCGGCGAUCCCCAAGGCCAGGUGGAAUAUUUUACUCAGAAGAUAUGCAGAGCCCUAACGGCUUUCGACUCUAACUACAACCAGUUUCGGAGCGUCGGAGGUCUGCGAAUAAAGGAGUCGCUACUAUACUUCUCCUUGUGCCGCUAUCUGACUGCGGCUUUCCUCAACUCCAGCGAUUUCGAAGCCAGUAACGCCCUGGUGGUGCAGAAUGCGCAGACCGAGAUAUUGUACCGACUACAGACUGAGGUGGCGCAGCUGGAUAUAUCUCAGCCUGCCAAGUUGGCACAGGUGCUGAUGGCCGUCAUCAUGUAUGGCCUCGCUGCCAAUUGGGACGGGUCAAAUUCUCCGAGCAAAUUGCACUAUCACGCCGCAGUUCGAAUGUAUCGCCAUAUGUAUCACCCCGAUAACAUCCCCGCUGCCAGGUCCGCCACGGCGACAUCUGGUGGCUUCCAAGAAUUCUUCGCGGGAUGUCUCCUGUACUGGUGGAUGGGACUCGCGUUUGUUUCAGACACGAUCGAGUGUCCUCUUCACGAACCACCCAGCUGGGACUGUCUGCAACAAUCGAAUCUGAAGUUUAUUCCUCAUCCACUCGUCGGCGUAUCGCCUUCAUCGCAAAGGCUUCUCGGACAGGUGGGCUUGUUGGUACACGAGCAAAGACUCCGAUGUCGUAGAAACGCCUUCGUCAGCAUGGGCGCUCUGCAGAAGGAAUUCCGUGCGUGGCAGGAAGCCCAGGAACUGGAAGAACAAGCUUUAUCGCUGGAGCUCCCCGAAGCUGCAGACUUCGUGGACACCGGUGACCCACACACUCCGAUUGAAGAUCUCAUCAACACCGCAGAAGUGUAUCGCCUUUCAGCGCUCGUGCUCCUUUACCGCGCGUUUCCUGAUCUAUUAACCGCGAGGCUUACAUCCAACCAAGGUGAUGCCGGUGACGGCACCGUUGGCAACUAUGUAGCGGAGCAGAAGAGGCUAUCCUGGAUCACGGCACUCGCCGUACAUGCUCUGGAGACCCUAUGUCGAAAUGGGGCUCGCUCUGGAACAAGAAGCAUCGAACAAAUCCUUCUGAUUAUUAUUGCUGGAGAACUGAGGAAGCCGCCAGCAACCAUCUCGAUCUCACAGAGCUGUGAAACCAGUUCAGACCCUAUCUUCCAAACCCCUGACGCAGAGCCUCUCUCCGAUUCAACCCAUUUCCAGGACGAAGGUGCGUCUCUUCUCUGUGAGCCCCCACCUGACGCUGUUGUCGAACCACUCGAUCAGGGAGCAUUUUCCGGCGGUACACCGGAGGCAGCCUCUGUGGAGGAGGCUCGUUCCACCCUGCUCAGACGUCUUGAAUCAAUUUGUGAGCUUUUGCCCUAUAGAUCCACUGAGCUCGUGAAGGACCUCGUGCUCACGGUAUGGGCUCGCACUGAUCGAGAAGGACCUGAGGUCUUCUGGAUGGAUAUCAUGAUUGAGAAAGGGUGGGACUUCUUGGUAGUAUGA